AUGCCGCCUCGGAGGCGCAAACGCCCCUCGGGCGCGAAUGUCCCUACGACAGUCUCGACGCCGCCUACCAGUGACCCAAAUGAAGAGCUACAAGACCCUCCACCCCCGUUCUUCAACACAUCCUUCUCAACCUAUCGCAGCUCGCCCCUCUACAUAGGCAACGAGCCUCUUUCGCCAAACAGGCUGAACGACCUCGCUCUGAGGCUACGCGACACCCUCGUAGGCGACGUCGUGCGGGGUGUUCAGGUUGGUCUGGAAGGCAACGACACAUCGCUUGGACGCGCAGGCUCCCUCGAGCGCGUCGUCAUGCGGUGGUUCGAAGCAGGUGCGCUGCUGAGGCACGAGCCGGACGACACACACCGGCCGGCAAGCCGUGAUCUCAGCAGUGACGCCAUAUUCGAGCGCGCGGGCGGCGGCGUAGGUUCGACGGGGACAAGAGGACUUUGCAUCGAGAUGCGGUACGAGAAUGCCCUCUGCACGGCCAUCAUGUUGCCUCGGCUCGAGGGCAAUGGCCGGGCUUCCGAAGAUGUAUUUCAUGGGCGCAACGGCGCGAUCAUGCCCGGGUGGCUUGGGAUAGAUAAGAACACGGAAGCUGAUCAAGGGCGAUUCAUUCACCUUCCGCUGCUGCUUCUUCGCAUGCCGACGCCGAUGAAAGCUUUUGUUACGGACUUUCUCGCGAGGACGUUUGAUUGUCGCAUCAGUCCCCUGCGCAUCGGAACGAAAACCCUCGUUGCGUCGUGGGAGCGAUGGAUUAAGCAGGCAGGACUCCCGACCCAAGGUCCUCUGGCCAAGGACCUCGUGCUGACGCUGGGAUUCUUCACGACGCCGCCUACAGAGCCUGUCGCAACGCUCGAAGGCUCGGCUCCCGCCGUCGAGAGUCUCGGUAUUAAGUCAGUCGAUAUUAUCAUUCCGCCCCCAGACCUUGGCCGAUUCGUCCAGGUCGGCGAAUCACGAGGCGUUGGGUCAAAGAGGAAGCGCGCGUCUCAAAGCUGGGAGAACGACUCCCGCAAGCGAAGUAAACUGGCAGGCGGCAGCAGUGAGGAGGGUUGGUCAUGGCGCGAUGGGGAGGACCGGGAAGCUGGCGUGGUUAGGCAGCCAUUUAUUGAGGCGACGGCUGAGUACUUUGACGAGCACCUGGCCAUUGACCUCUUUCACCCGAGCGUCCGGAUCACGAAGAUCGCCUGUGGCGGCUUUGCCUUGUCGGAGAACCGAAUUAAGAUUUUCGCGCCGGGCUCCGGGGAGGAUGAUUCUUCAAUGCUUACCGCGUCCCGCGCGGUGUGGACACUGGUGUCUGAUUUGGUGGACAGAGCAGCCUAA